AUGGGAUUGAAUUUUACAGAUAAAGCCUGGAUAUUUCUGGCGAUUCUUUGUUGUUCAUCGUUGAUUUGUUCAGUAAAAGCAUCAGUAUCUUAUGAUCGUAAAGCUGUGAUCAUCAAUGGACAAAGAAGAAUCCUUCUCUCUGGUUCCAUUCACUAUCCACGAAGCACCCCUGAGAUGUGGCCAGGUCUUAUACAGAAAGCCAAAGAAGGAGGCUUGGAUGUUAUAGAGACUUAUGUUUUUUGGAAUGGCCAUGAACCUUCUCCUGGAAAUUAUUAUUUUGGAGACAGGUAUGAUUUGGUUAAGUUUAUCAAGUUGGUGCACCAAGCUGGUCUCUAUGUGAAUCUCAGAAUUGGCCCCUACGUCUGUGCUGAAUGGAACUUUGGAGGAUUUCCGGUUUGGCUCAAAUUUGUUCCUGGUAUAGCAUUUAGGACGGAUAACGAACCCUUCAAGGCUGCAAUGAAAAAAUUCACUGAAAAGAUUGUAUGGAUGAUGAAAGCAGAAAAGUUGUUUCAAACUCAAGGAGGACCCAUCAUUCUUGCACAGAUUGAGAAUGAAUAUGGACCAGUGGAGUGGAAUUCAGGAGCACCAGCAAAGGCUUAUACAAAAUGGGCAGCUCAAAUGGCAUUAGGACUCUCAACAGGUGUUCCAUGGAUUAUGUGCAAGCAAGAAGAUGCUCCUUCUCCUAUUAUUGACACAUGCAAUGGUUAUUACUGUGAGGAUUUCAAACCAAAUGCAGCCAACAAGCCGAAGAUGUGGACAGAGAAUUGGACUGGUUGGUACACAGAGUUUGGAGGUGCAGUACCGUACAGGCCAGUUGAAGAUAUUGCAUACUCCGUUGCACGAUUCAUACUAAAGGGAGGUUCCUUCGUCAAUUACUAUAUGUAUCAUGGAGGGACGAACUUUGACAGAACAGCCGGUGAGUUCAUGGCCUCAAGCUAUGACUACGACGCUCCUCUUGACGAAUACGGUUUAACAAGAGAGCCAAAGUAUAGUCACUUGAAAGCACUGCAUAAAGUAAUCAAGCUCAGUGAACAAGCUUUGGUCUCUGCUGAUGCUACUAUCACAUGGCUUGGAGCUAAACAAGAAGCUCAUGUGUUCUCUUCUAAAUCUUCUUGCACUGCGUUUCUAUCGAACACCGACGAGAAAUCUGCAGCGAGAGUAAUGUUCCGUGGAUUCCCAUAUGAUUUGCCUCCUUGGUCAGUCAGUAUUUUACCUGAUUGCAAAACAGAGUUUUACAACACCGCAAAGGUCAAUACACCAGGGAUACACAGGAACAUGGUUGCAACUGGUACAAGAUUCGCAUGGGAAUCAUUCAACGAAGCAGCUCCUUCUGCGAAUGAAGUUGGUACGUUUGCAAGAAACGGGCUUGUGGAACAGAUAAGCAUGACUUGGGACAAGUCUGACUACUUCUGGUAUCUUACAGACAUUACAGUUGGUUCUGGUGAGAACUUUUUGAAGACUGGUGAUAACCCUCUUCUUACCGUUAUGUCAGCUGGUCAUGCUCUUCAUGUGUUUGUCAAUGGACAGCUUUCAGGAACUGCUUAUGGAGGACUUUCACACACGACAAUAACCUUUAGCCAGAAGAUCAAACUACAUGCAGGUGUCAACAAGCUUGCUAUGUUGAGUGUUGCAGUUGGUCUACCGAAUGUGGGUAGACAAUUUGAGACGUUUAAUAAAGGGGUUCUUGGACCGGUCACACUGAAGGGAGUUAACUCAGGAACAUGGGACAUGUCGAAAUGGAAAUGGUCUAAUAAGAUUGGUGUGAAAGGUGAAGCUUUGAGUCUUCAUACAGACAGUUCCUCUGUGAGCUGGACUCAAGGAUCAUUUGUGGUCAAGAGGCAACCAUUGACCUGGUACAAGUCUACUUUUGCCACACCAGCAGGAAAUGAACCAUUGGCUUUAGACAUGAACACAAUGGGGAAAGGUCAAGUUUGGAUCAACGGUCGUAACAUCGGACGGCAUUGGCCUGGUUAUAAAGCUCAAGGAAACUGCGGUCGUUGCAACUACGCUGGAACUUACAACGACAAGAAAUGUCUGAGUAAUUGUGGUGAAGCUUCUCAAAGAUGGUACCAUGUGCCUCGUUCAUGGCUCAAGUCUCAGAACCAGAUAGUCGUGUUUGAAGAGUGGGGUGGUGAUCCUUUUGGAAUCUCUCUGGUGAAAAGAGUAUGA